AUGCAACAUCAUCCAGGUCGUUCGAUGCUCUUCCCUACCCUUUCCAUCACCCCGCCCCAUUCUCCCUCCUUCCAUCACCCCGCCCUAUUCUCCCUCCUUCCAUCACCCCGCCCCAUUCUCCCUCCUAGCUUCACCCCGCCCCAUUCUCCCGCUUUCCAUCACCCCGCCCCAUUCUCCCUCCUUACAUCACCCCGCCCCAUUCUCCCUCCUAGCUUCACCCCGCCCCAUUCUCCCUCCUUCCAUCACCCCGCCCCAUUCUCCCCCCUUCCAUCACCCCGCCCUAUUCUCCCUCCUUCCAUCACCCCGCCCCAUUCUCCCGCUUUCCAUCACUCCGCCCCAUUCUCCCUCCUUCCAUCACCUCGCCCCAUUCUCCCGCUUUCCAUCACCCCGCCCCAUUCUCCCUCCUUCCAUCACCCCGCCCCUUUCUCCCGCUUUCCAUCACCCCGCCCCAUUCUCUCGCUUUCCAUCACCCCGCCCCAUUCUCCCUCGUUCCAUCACCCCGCCCCAUUCUCCCGCUUUCCAUCACUCCACCCCAUUCUCCCGCUUUCCAUCACCCCGCCCCAUUUUCCCGCUUUCCAUCACCCCGCCCCAUUUUCCCGCUUUCCAUCACCCCGCCCCAUUCUCCCGCUUUCCAUCACCCCGCCCCAUUCUCCCGCUUUCCAUCACCCCGCCCCAUUCUCCCGCUUUCCAUCACACCGCCCCAUUCUCCCUCCUUCCAUCACACCGCCCCAUUCUCCCUCCUUCCAUCACUCCGCCCCAUUCUCCCGCUUUCCAUCACUCCGCCCCAUUCUCCCGCUUUCCAUCACCCCGCCCCAUUCUCCCGCUUUCCAUCACUCCGCCCCAUUCUCCCGCUUUCCAUCACUCCGCCCCAUUCUCCCGCUUUCCAUCACCCCGCCCCAUUCUCCCGCUUUCCAUCACCCCGCCCCAUUCUCCCGCUUUCCAUCACCCCGCCCCAUUCUCCCGCUUUCCAUCACCCCGCCCCAUUCUCCCGCGUUCCAUCACCCCGCCCCAUUCUCCCUCCUUCCAUCACCCCGCCCCAUUCUCCCUCCUUCCAUCACCCCGCCCCAUUCUCCCGCUUUCCAUCACCCCGCCCCGUUCUCCCGCUUUCCAUCACCCCGCCCCGUUCUCCCGCUUUCCAUCACCCCGCCCCGUUCUCCCGCUUUCCAUCACCCCGCCCCGUUCUCCCGCUUUCCAUCACCCCGCCCCAUUCUCCCGCUUCCAUCACCCCGCCCCAAUCUCCCGCUUUCAUCACCCCGCCCCGUUCUCCCUCCUUCCAUCACCCCGCCCCGUUCUCCCUCCUUCCAUCACCCCGCCCCGUUCUCCCGCUUUCCAACACCCCGCCCCAUUCUCCCGCUUUCCAUCACCCCGCCCCAUUCUCCCGCUUCCAUCACCCCGCCCCAUUCUCCCGCUUUCCAUCACCCCGCCCCUUUCUCCCGCUUUCCAUCACCCCGCCCCAUUCUCCCGCUUUCCAUCACCCCGCCCCUUUCUCCCGCUUUCAUCACCCCGCCCCAUUCUCCCUCCUUCCAUCACCCCGCCCCAUUCUCCCUCCUUCCAUCACCCCGCCCCAUUCUCCCGCUUUCCAUCACCCCGCCCCAUUCUCCCUCCUUCCAUCACCCCGCCACAUUCUCCCGCUUUCCAUCACCCCGCCCCAUUCUCCCUCCUUCCAUUACCCUGCCCCAUUCUCCCUCCUUCCAUCACCCCGCCCCAUUCUCCCGCUUUCCAUCACCCCGCCCCAUUCUCCCGCUUUCCAUCACCCCGCCCCAUUCUCCCUCCUUCCAUCAUCCCGCCUCAUUCUCCCUCCUAGCUUCACCCUGCCCCAUUCUCCCUCCUUCCAUCACCCCGCCCCAUUCUCCCUCCUUCCAUCACCCCGCCCCAUUCUCCCUCCUUCCAUCACCCCGCCCCAUUCUUCCUCCUUCCAUCACCCCGCCCCAUUCUCCCGCGUUCCAUCACCCCGCCCCAUUCUCCCUCCUUCCAUCACCCCGCCCCAUUCUCCCGCUUUACAUCACCCCGCCCCACUCUCCCACUUUCCAUCACCCCGCCCCAUUCUCCCGCUUUCAUCACCCCGCCCCAUUCUCACGCUUUCCAUCACCCCGCCCCAUUCUCCCUCCUUCCUUCACCCCGCCCCAUUCUCCCGCUUUCCAUCACCCCGCCCCAUUCUCCCGCUUUCCAUCACCCCACCCCAUUCUUCCUCGUUCCAUCACCCCGCCCCAUUCUCCCUCGUUCCAUCACCCCGCCCCAUUCUCCCUCCUUCCAUCACCCCGCCCCAUCCUCCCGCUUUCCAUCACCCCGCCCCAGCGCUCGCGAAUGAAGAGCGCCCGCUGCAUUUUCUGCACAUGUGCGGAUCCUUCCGCGUUUUGGGGCUGGAAGGGCUCGUUCGGAGCGUUUUUUUUUUUACCAGGUCACCUGGCUGCGCUUCGCUCGUUCGAAGCGUUUUUCUUCUACCGGGUCACCAGGCUGCGCUUGUCUGGGCCUAUUGCCAUUCCAGCAAGGGCGUGGGAGGGUUGCGAGCAUCAUGGGUCAUCAGCACUCGCGAAUGAAGAGCGCCCGCUGCACUUCCUGCACAUGUGCGGAUCCUUCCGCGUUUUUGGGCUGGAAGCGCUCGUUUGGAGCAUUUUUCUUCUACCGGGUCACGUGGCUGCGCUUGUCUAG